AUGCCAGCGACAAAUGAUCAGCUUUCGAAAUACGAAAGGAUUGAAGCAUUUGUGAAAGGCUUUAAACUGUCUAGUACAGCCUAUAAGCAAGUCAUGACAUUGUUACAUCAGGAAAUGAAUAAUGGUCUGAAGACACAAUCACACAAAAUGGCAGACAUUAAAAUGUUCCCUACAUUUGUGAGGUCACUCCCAGAUGGUUCUGAAAAAGGAGAGUUUCUAGCAUUGGAUUUAGGAGGAACAAAUUUCCGUGUUUUACUUGUUACACUGCAAGGUCAUGACAUUGAUAUUCAAAGUAAAACCUAUCUGAUACCACAACGGAUCAUGUUAGGAACAGGAGAACAGCUGUUUGAUCACAUUGCUGAUUGUAUUGGCAAAUUUGUCUCUGAGCACAAUUUGUUGAGCCAUACGCUACCACUGGGAUUUACAUUCUCCUUCCCCUGUCAGCAAGAAGGCUUAGCAAAAGCCCGGUUAUCACAGUGGACGAAAGGUUUCCGUUGUGAAGGUGUUGUUGGUGAGGACAUCUGUAGACUGCUUCAGGAAGCACUGCUGAGAAGAACAAACUGCAAAGUGGAGAUAGUUGCGGUGGUCAAUGAUGCAGUGGGCACACUAAUGGCUGCUGCCCAUGUGGAUCACAACUGUGAAAUAGGACUCAUCCUGGGCACCGGCUGCAAUGUCUGCUACAUGGAAUAUCUGGAUAAUGUGGGCACUUGGGGAAAUGAGGAUGAGAAGGACCUUCAUCCCAGACAGGUUAUCAUCAAUACAGAGUGGGGAGCAUUUGGAGACAAUGGUUGCUUGGAUUUUACACGGACUGAGUAUGACAGAGAGCUGGACACGUUUUCUAUAAAUCCUGGCAAACAAGUAAUGGAAAAGAUGAUUUCAGGAAUGUACAUGGGUGAGAUUGUCAGACUUGUUCUGGAGAGACUCACACGUGAAGGCUUACUGUUUCAGAGUGCAGACAAAGAUUGCCCUCUCUUUGAGAGGGGCAGAUUUUACACCAAAUAUGUUUCAGAAGUGGAAAGUGACACAGACGAGUUCUUCCGACAUACAAAACUGGUCCUUGAAGAGCUUCAAGUGGUUAACUACACAACCGAAGACUGCAAAAUUGUCAAAUAUGUGUGCACUCUGGUUUCAGCAAGAGCUGCAUUCCUAGCAGCAGCUGGUCUUGCCACGCUUAUCAACCGCCUGAAUAAGAAAGACAUGACGAUUGCAGUUGAUGGCUCUUUGUACAGAUUUCACCCAAGAUUUCAUAACCUCAUGUGCCUGAAAAUUAAGGAGUUGGUUAAGCCAGGAUUGAAGUUCAAGCUGUGUUUGUCACAUGAUGGCAGCGGCAAAGGUGCUGCCCUGACAGCUGCAGUAUCCCUCAGACUUCGAGAUUUGCUAGCACUCCCCACAGACAGUAAUGCUCUUAACUUACUCAGCAAGGAUAUUCAGUCUUAA